ACGGCCCCUCCCCCUCCGCUGCCGUAAGUGAUGCUGGCGGCGGCCGCGGCAGGCUGGGAGUGGGUUGGAGGUGCGAGAGGAUGGGGUGCUGCGCCUUGUUUGGUCUGUGCCUGCUCCUGGGGCUGCUGAGGGCUGGCCGGGGGCUGCAGAACGUCACCGCCCAACUCUUCGGGGCCGAGGCUUUCGGGACCCUGGCGGCCUUCGGGGACUUUAACUCGGAUAAGCAGACGGACCUGUUCGUGCUGAGGGGCGGCAAUGAAUUACUUAUCUUUCUGGCAGACCAAAAGGAGCCGUAUUUUAAACCCAAAGUCAAGUUGUCAAUAAAUCAGGGUGUCAUAACCAGUGUAGUUCCUGGAGAUUAUGAUGGUGAUUCACAAAUGGACGUCCUUCUGACAACAAAACCACAAAAUCAUGUCACUGAUGAACUAUCGGUUAUUAUUUUCUGGGGACGCAAUCAAACAUUAGAUUCUAAUCGUAAGACUGUGUUAAAUAAAACUUUUCAUGAUGAGCCUCUAAUUAUGGACUUCAAUGGUGAUUUAAUUCCUGAUGUCUUUGGUGUCACAAACGAAUCAGAUAGGCCUCAGAUACUGAUAGGCAGGAGUUUAUCAUGGCAUCCUGCAUUGGACACUAAGAGUAAAAUGUACAUACCGCACUCUCAUGCAUUUAUAGAUUUGAACAGAGACUUCACUGCAGAUCUGUUCCUUACUACAUUAUCAAGUUCCCAAAAAAUUCAGUUUGAAACAUGGGUAAAUAAGGAUGGAAAUUUCUCCAAUGCCACAGAUACAAAGCAAAAACCUGAAGACACGAUGGUUGUUGGACAAUCAGUGUUUGCAGAUUUUGAUGGGGAUGGGCAAACUGAACAUUUACUGCCAGCCUGCGCUGAUGUAACUUGUCAAAAAAGUGUCAUCUACUUAUCUAAACCAGGACUGACUCAGUGGAUACCAGUGUUACAGGACUUCAGAAAUAAGGACACGCUCUGGGGUUUUGUGCCAUAUAAAAACAAUCAAUCCUCAAUUCCAAUUACUCUUCACAUUGGAGAUUACAAUAUGGAUGGCUACCCAGAUGCUCUUGCCAUACUAAGGAAUACUUCUGGAAGCAAUCAGCAGGCAUUUUUAUUAGAGAAUGUCCCAUGCAACAAUGCAAGCUGCAGAAGCGUACAUCGUAUGUUUAAAGUCUACUGGGAACUCUCUGAUCUAAAUCAAAUCAAAGAUGCUGUGGUGGCAACCUUCUUUGACAUUUAUGAAGAUGGAAUCUUGGAUAUCAUUGUACUAAGCAAAGGCUAUUUCAACAGUGAAUUUGCCAUCCACACAUUAAAGAAUAACUUUGAAGCAGAUGCUUAUUUUGUUAAAGUUAUUGUUCUUAGUGGCCUCUGUUCUAACGAUUGUCCUAGUAAAAUAACACCCUUCGGUGUGAAUCAGCCUGGACCUUACAUCAUGUACACAACCGUAGAUGCAAAUGGGUAUCUGAAAAAUGGUUCAGCUGGACAACUUAGCCAGUCAGCUCAUUUCGCUCUCCAGUUGCCUUACAAUGUGCUAGGUUUGGGACGCAGUGCUAAUUUCCUUGAUCACUUAUAUGUUGGAAUUCCUCGUCCUUUAGGAGAAAAGUCCAUAAGGAAACAGGAAUGGACAGCUAUCAUCCCGAACUCCCAACUUAUAGUCAUUCCAUAUCCACACAACGUUCCUCGAAGCUGGAGUGCCAAGCUGUACCUGACCCCAAGUAACAUUGUGCUGCUCACAGCUAUAGCCCUAAUUGGUGUCUGCGUUUUUAUCUUAGCAAUAAUUGGCAUAUUGCACUGGCAAGAAAAGAAAGCAGAUGACAGAGAGAAACGACAAGAAGCCCAUCGGUUCCAUUUUGAUGCUAUGUAACAUGCCGUAAGAUCUAUGAAGAAGCUGCUAUUCAUUUGCUUAAUCAAAAUACGAAAUUCCAAUUUGUAAAGGAGAUCGGGGGAGGUGGGGUAUUGUUAGUGUGUUGUUUGUAAAUGUUGCAUUCUUUGUUAUUUAUUUGAAAAGCACUAAAAUCAGACCUGAAUGUCUCAAUAUGAGCUUUCAGUGAACAGUUUGUAUAUACUGGCAGUUAUUGGCCUUUAUUUAACAACGCUGUCAAUUUAUUUUUCUUAGUAAGGGAUCAUACUGCAUAUGUUCUAAUGUUUACAUACUGCCACUUCUUCUAGUACAACAUUUGAUGGGAAAGAAGUCACAUGUAAAUAAAGUUAGUAUUUCAGUGAGAAGAAUCCUUUAGUGCCAGUUGAAUUGGUCUUGUCAUUUAUAUAUUUCUGCAAUAUAAAUUAUAUUUCUGUAAAUGAACCUAAUGCAGAUUAUCAGAUGAGACAUUUUACAUCAAUUACUAUAACUGUGCUCUCGGGGUGUCUAAUCUAAAGUGUCUAGAUCUUUUUUUUCUUUUUAGUCCUUACAUGCAAUAGUUAGAUGAGAAUUUAUUUACUGAAUGACUAAAAUAAAUCUACAAAGCUAAUAGCCAAAUAACCAAUCAUUGGACAUCUGUACUGUUGACGUAUAUUAGUUCUAGGCAUGAACCAUUCAAAUUUAAAAAAAAAUAAAUAAAAUCUAAGUUUAUACUGAAAUUAAUCAUUAUAAUCCAAACUAUGUAAAAAGUAUGCCUUCCAAGAAUGGAUGGGAUCAGAAGAAUUUUGCUUGAGUAUUGAUGCAUAUCAAUGUGACUAUACUUAAAUUUAACUAUGAAAACAAAUGGCCAGCAAAAUUAUGAAUGGAAUUUGAUUUUCUUGGGGAGAAGCUUAAAGAAAAACCUGUAAGGGAGACUGGGGUUGAGUCCUACGUUUGGCCUGCCUGUUUCCAUCUCAAAUGCCAUUCAUGAUUAAGGGCUGAGGUAUUCUAUGGUUCAUAUAAAGUCCUUGAUAUAAACUUCUUACAUGAGAGCACGUUAUGCUACUGACCCCACAUUCUUUAGGAAGAGAGUGAUGAUCAUGUCUGAAGAGAAGCUCAGUUCUGUAUAUUCAAAAUGGUCAAUAGCUUUCCAUCAUUCAGAUUACACUGCAGCAAUGGUAAUACAUAGUCCCUGAGAACCAUCAUGCUUUUGUUUUAUGUAAUAACAGUUUUCCUUUGUUCUUAAAAUGAUUUGCAUUUACAUGAUUCACUGUGUAUUUAAAUCUCUUAAUGUUUAUUAAAUCAUAAUAAAUGUUUAUUAAAUCAA